UGGGUCUCGUGUGACGCAGGCCUGGGCGACCAGGACGAGGUCCCUGCCCGCCGUAAUGCCAGCCGCUGACCUGGAGCGCGGGGCUGAAAAUCACCCAGCGGAGCCGAGUCAGCAAGAGGCUGCUGCCAUAACCUGGAAGGAAAUUGCUGUCAUAGGAAUAAACUUCCUGGGUUGUUCCGCUGCCGGGGCAGCGCGGAAGAGAGGUGGCAGCGGGAGAGAUGGGCUUGCCCAGCAGCACAAGCGGCAGGUUCUAGCUAAUGCCCAGGCUUCCUUGUAAUGAUGCCGUCACGUACAAAUCUGAGUGCUGGGAUUCCCAGUAGCAAAGUCAAAUAUUCUAAGCUCUCCAGCACUGAUGAUGGAUAUAUCGACCUGCAGUUCAAGAAGAGCCCACCAAAAAUCCCCUACAAGGCAAUUGCACUGGCUGUUGUGCUCUUCAUGAUCGGGACUUUCCUCAUCAUCAUAGGAGCCCUUCUCUUGGCAGGAUACAUCAGCAAAGGCGGAACAGACCGUGCUAUCCCCGUGCUCAUCAUCGGGAUCCUCGUGUUUCUGCCAGGCUUCUACCACCUGCGCAUUGCGUACUACGCUUCCAAAGGCUACCGGGGCUAUUCCUACGACGAUAUCCCAGAUUUCGAUGAUUGAACAAUGUAUUUAAUUGCGUUAUAAUUAGGUUGGCGGUAAGAGCUGUUAGUUACCCUGGAGGCAUCAGAGGGGGCCUGUGAGGUUGUAGAUCAUCAGUCACAAGAUGCCAGUUCCUGGUUUUUGAGGUGUUACAGGUUCUUCGGUUGGGGGGUGUGGGGACUUGAACAGGGAGUUGACCAAAAGGAUUGCAACAUUAGGUGGGAAGAACAUGUGGUUUAUUGUACUUUUUCCUCUUUUGGUUAAAUAAUUCUGGUUGCUUGGAAGAAGCUGUUCUUGGGCAAGGCAAUUCUAGCAGUUUUCCAAAAAUAGAUGAGCCAGUUUCAGCAGCAAAGCUUUUUGCUUUCUCUAACUGUUUUACAGAGCCUAUUUUAGUUUUUGGUGAGCUUGCAGUUAGCAUUGCGUUUACCUUCACAGACAAACACCAUAGUUAAAUUCUCCUGUUGCUCUCUGUCCAUUGGAAAUGAUUCCGACCUACUUGUCCCGUGCUUGUCUAGAGUAACAAAAAUCAGAUGUGCACAAGAGGGGGGAAACUGCACUUGCGUGAAAUAACUUGCACGUAGUGCGUUUCCUACAUAACUCCCCUGAUCAGGCGGACCAAGCUUAUUUACUCAGCAAACACAUUCUUCAGAAGCAAGCUGUCUCCCGUGCCACUGUUACUUUUGGCAAAAUCUGCUUAUCCUUUAAAAGGACUGUCGUUGGAUUUUGCGUAUUAUUUUAAACAAACCAAAUGGAUGCAGGGAGAAGAAUUGGAAUCCGGACCAGGACUCACGUGUCUAAAUGUGAAAUCUCUUGGCUUUGACUAGUGUGGAUAUUGGAGACACUUGAAUUCCCGCUGUAGUAUGUAUAUUUGGAAUCAUUUUGUCCUUGUGCAUAACUCCCUAGACCAGUAAAAAGAAGAUCUGUGUAUAGUUUGUACUGAAUAAAUCCCGUUUGUAUUGUUUUGCUAGCUUCAGUGAUAGGUUAUUUGGGGAAAACAGACUGGUAGCUCUAGUUUAUGUAAAGUAAAAACUGCCUGUCCCCUGAAAGGGAAUGAACUCGGUGUCCUGGAGCACAAGUAUGUGACAAGUAGUGAUGGAAGUAGAUGUAGUUAAUACAAAUAAACUCCGCUAUAUUCUGUGUAA